UACCAAAUUCUCUUUAUUAGCUUCCAUUUCAAGUUUCAACUAGUGGUCUGGUAUCUUUUAAUAUGCAACUUGAGGUCACACUGCGACAGAUUUGCUGGUGUUUAUUUCCCGGCAAGAACAAGAGAAAGCUUUGCAAUAUUUUUCCUUUUAAUGUGCAUUACAAAUAACUAAAGCAUCCAUCUGCUUAACAAAAUGCCAAAGGAAGACUGCAAAUAUUGGGACAAGUGUUAUCAGCGCAAUGAGGCCCAUCUCGAAAAGUACAAUCAUCCCAGCAAGGAAACAGAUAUUCCAAAAAUGGCGCCAAAACGCAAAACGACUAGCACAGCCGACAACAAGGAGGAAGUAAGUCCCCAAAAAGAGGACAGUCCAAAUACCAGCAGUUCUGCAAGAGAAAUAGAAGCAGUUGCUGCAGUCGGCGAAUAUGAAACGGAAACUGCGCAGCUUCACAAGGAGGCAAUGAACAAUAUUGCCGGCAAGAAUUAUAUGGAAAUACUGGAGAAGCGCAUUCGCCUCUCCGUGCAGCAGGAAUACGAUAAUCUCUGUGAGAGCAACGAAUUCAUCCGCCACAAAUUUCUGGUCGAAAUGCCACCAGAUUUCUAUGCAUUCUGGCAGUUUAUCAAUACGCUCAAAAAGGACACAACUAAAACAGCUGUUUUGCAGCACAUUGAACAAAUGUUCCAACUGCAGUUGGUGGCACCCUUUGAGUUCCUCGCUGGGAAAUUCCAUAAAGCUAAAAUUGGUGAACCUGGCGAUUAUUUGAGACAUUGGCGUUUCUACUACGAUCCGCCCGAGUUCCAGACGGUUUUUGUUCGCAAAAAUACGGGCAUCCAUUAUGGCUACUGGCGUGAUGUGCCCCAGGAUAAAGAUCGUCUACUCCUAGCGCGUAAUGAUUCCACACAAAACUGUGAAUUUCAAUUUAUUGCUGGCAACAUCUUCGAUGCCUUCCUGUACUACUUGGAACAUGACUUCGUGGGCACGCCUUUCAACACCGCUCAAGUUGCGGCCACCAAGAAAGCCGUGAAGCAGCAUCUUAGUGAUAAUCCAUUGCCCGAUCUGGAUACGUUGACCAAAGAGCGUAAUAAACGUGUCAUGGCCAAAUCCUUUCAUCGAGCUGGCAUUGUUGUGCCCUACGAACGCAAGUCACAGCAAGGAUAUCGUCCGUUGCCUGUCAGCGAUGCGGAACUCAAGAAAAUUCUGGCACUCUUCGAGCGGAAGGAUCUCGGAGUAGACAGCGACAAUGCCAAGCAAGCUGUGCUAGAAAAGCUGCAGCCGGUGGCAAAUGCCGCCAAUAUCGCGGUGGAUGAAUGUGAUUUUGGCACUGCUCUAGAGUUGGGCCUGGAUUUGUUUAGCAGUGGUCACAAAGAACUGCAUAUGCUGAUCUCGUCGCUACUAGUGCCAGCGUAUUCCCUGCUAUCGCGGCCUCAGUUCAUUGCUAUUGCCAAGGCGCACAUGGAACAGCGGAGCAAGGAGCUCAACUUGAGCAUCUUUGAAGUGUUGAAAUAA